AUGUCGCAAUACAUUAGAGUUCGACAGAAGGUUAGAUGUUGUUGCAAAAAAUGUUGUUAUAAAAAUCCUGAUGGAUGCAUGGUCGAUACGAGAACAAAAAGGCAGCAUGAAGAAGAAGAAACACAUUUUCAAAAUGAGUUCGCUAAGAGAAGGAAAACAAAUAGUUAUCAAACUAUAUAUGCUAAGAGCUCAGUACAAUCGAAAGAAGACGAAAUUAGUCUUAAUGAAGUAAAGUUGGCAAUAAAAUCUAUUACUCCAAAACAAACGGUUAACCAAAUUCGAACGUCAUCUCUUAUAUCUACAAAAAAAAGAAAAAGAAAAGGUCAAUUUUGGUCCCAAGAAAGUCAAAGCAAUACCAAAAAUUUAAAUCAUAACGAAUAUAUCGAUCGCUUUGAGGAUAACGAUGAGUUUUUGGAUAACGAUCGCUUUGAGGAUAACGAUGAGGAUAAUGAUGAGUUCCUGGAUAAUAAUCGCUUUGAGGAUAACGAUGAGUUAUUGGAUAAUAGCGAUAAUAUGAUAGAAAACAAUGAUAAUGAUAAUAAUUACUCUGAAGAUGCUACAGAUGAUCCAGAAUUUUAUGAAGAAAUUGAAGAUUUAGAAAGUAUUUCAAUUAAUCUAUUUCAAGCUCCUAAAGUUGAUUUCGAUAAGCCUGCACAUAUUCCUGAGCCCAAUAUAAAUAUUAAUGAUAUAUUAUGGAUUCUUAUAUGGGUAUUUAAGUUUCAAGAAAGGUUCCAACUUUCAAAUGUUGUAACUAAUACCCUCAUCAGUUUUCUUUGCUUACUUUUAAGAAGCAUCGAUAAAAGCCGUUUUGACAAGUUCCCGUCAAACAUUGAUCGUGCACGGGAUAUACUAAAUUUCGAUAGACAGAAUAAAACAUUUACAGUUUGCCCCAAAUGUAAUAAAUUAUAUAAUACAACAGAAAUAAUACCAGAUAAUCAAGAUUCUGUUGGGUUUAAAUGCAUACAUAAAGAAUUUCCAAAUCACCCAAGACCAAGUCGGCGAAAGCCUUGUGGAGAGGAGUUACUAAAAAAGAUUUUUACAGUAGACGGGCAUGUUUGGCGACCACGAAUGCAAUAUCUGCUACCAAGUAUUAAGUCUCAAUUAUUUUUAAUGUAUCAACAAGAUGGGUUUAACAUGUUACUCCAAAAAUGGGCAAAUCGAUCUGUAGAUACUAAUAUAAUUUCUGAUAUCUACGAUGGAGAAAUUUGGAAAACUUUUCCUUCUCAA